GCUCGGCGCCCUCCCCCUCCCGCCAUGAAGCCGUGGCUCCUGCUCAGUCUCCUGCUGUUGCACCAAACGCUGCAAGACGUUAUUGGUCAGCCUGCUAAGAACAAGCGUCAGAAAGAACCAGGAGAGAACAGGAUAAAACCUGCAAACAAAAAAGUAAAACCCAAAACUCCUAAAUUAAAGGAGAGAGAAUCUACAGAUGCUUCGCCAAAGAUCCACUCCAUAAUGACACAAGUAAUGGAUAAGGGCCGCUUUCAGAAGCCUGCUGCUACUCUAAGCCUUUCUGCAGGGCAGAAUUUAGAACUGCGGUGUAAAGGAAAUAAAAUUGGAUGGAGCUAUCCUUCUUAUCAUGACACCUUUAAAGAUUCCAGGCUCAGCAUCAAGCAACAUGAUAGAUAUGGUCAGCUGAUCCUGGGAAAUUCCACUGCAGCAGACACUGGUGAAUACAGCUGUUGGCUACUCCUAUGCAGUGACUACAAUUGCAAGAAGGAUGAGUCAAAAACAGGCUCAACGUACAUCUUCUUUACAGACAAAGGGGAGCUCUUUGUUCCCUCCCCCAGCUAUUUUGAAGUGGUCUACCUCAACCCAGACAAACCAGCAGUGAUUCCUUGCCUAGUGACCAACCCGUCAGCGAAAGUAACUCUACAUCAGGAGUUUCCAGCAGAAGAAAUCAAAGUGGAUGGAACCAACAUAAUCUAUGACAUGAAGAAGGGCUUUGUCUAUCGGCACCCAACCUCUGAUCACAAAGGAGUGGUUUACUGCAGAGCUGAAUUACGGGGAGCUCCUCAGAUUUCCAUUAAAUACCAGUUGCUUUACGUGGAAGUUCCUAGUGGGCCACCCUCAACUACAAUCAAAGCAUCAUCCAAUAAUCCAGAAAGUGGUGAUGAUAUCAGUGUUCUGUGCACAGUUUUGGGGGAACCAGAUGUAGAAGUGGAAUUUAAUUGGAUAUAUCCUGGGCAAGAGCAUGAAAGACCUGUGAUUAUCCAAGACUCUUGGAGGCUGAUCGACAGAGGAAUCGGUCAUACCACAAGAAUCUCCGAGAGCGUUAUUACUGUCGAAGAUUUUGAGACCAUUGAUGCCGGAAACUACAUUUGUAUAGCUCAGAACCUUCGAGGACAGACUACAGUAGCUACCCACAUUGAAAUGAUAUGAUGUUCUGAACUCACGGGACAGAGACACAGAACAGGAAAUGGACUGGACUGCUUCUUGCUUGCUUGAUACUCUGAACUGGAUAUGAGUAGGAACAAAAGUUAAUAUAUUCCUUUCUAAUCACUCUGUAAUGGAAAUCCAAGUAUAUGGUUAUGAAAGAUGCUGAUUGACAGCAAGUGUAGCACAGUGACCCCUUAAUUCAGAGCAUGAACUCUUUUAGUCGCCUUAGAGAGAUCGCUAUCCUUCUCAGCCUCUUCCUGCCUGUGUUCAUUAUGAAAACACUGACUUGUCUUAUAAUACUGCUGAGAUAAUGUCUGUAUCACGUUUUGAACACUAAAGCACUAUAUAAAUGCUAAGCAUUAAGUAUAAGAGAGUCACUUUUUAAGAAACAAAAUAUUUCUUAAAUAUUUCCCCAACAAUAAUUCUUGAUGCUAUCAGUUCUUAGAACUAGAUAAAUUACCUAGAAAACACACCAUAUUUUAGUCUUGCUCUUUGUCUUACUGGGUACGCAGGAAAAGGAUAAGAUCAUUUGUAAUGUUCACCCACAACAGGGUAUGUUGCUUGGUGGUUUGGAAUUUAACUUUUAUUUUACUCUAAAAUGUUAUGUCCUUUCUCCACCCAGUAGAAUUAGUCAUUAGCAUAAAAUACUUCUGUACUUUGCCGUAGUUUCAACAGUAUGUGAAUUUUUAUAUGUCAUUUUAAGUAUAUUAGACUGCUGCAGCCAGCAUCACAGCUGAUGUUGGUGUCUUAAAAACAAUUACACAUUGAACAAAUAAAAUAUUUUGCAAGUUUUAA